CCUCCGAGUUUCCAUUUCUCGAGGGCGAAGGUAGCCCAGGCAGAAGUGCGAAGGAUGAAGAUCGCAAAGGGGAGUGAUCUUUUCAAGAAACAUCCAACGGGUCCUUUACCUUUUUUGCCUCCGUUACAUGGGGAAGGGGGGUGAGAGAAAAAGAUGUCAAUGACCAUUGUUUGCUCGUUGGGGAUGUUGCUCCGCCCCCCGAGUCUGUCGUAAACCUGGCGCUGGACUAAAAUAAACCCGAGAUUCCGCAGCUCCGGGGGGCUCGCCGCGCCGCCGACAGCUCUCCACUGGCACUGGCGCUGCCGCCGGGCCGAGGUGGCGGCUGCGACGAGCGGCCGCCGCGUCCCGCCCGCCCGCCCGCGCCCGCCCCGGGCCCCCCUACCUGGCCGCCCGCCGAGCCAUGUCGUUGAGCCCCAAGCACACGACGCCCUUCUCCGUGUCUGACAUCCUGAGCCCCAUCGAGGAGACCUACAAGAAGUUCGGCGGCGUCAUGGACGGCGCGCCGCCCGGCCUGGGGACGCCCCUGGGGGCCGCCGCCUACCGCGCGCCGCCGCCCGGCCCCUCCUCGCAGGCGGCGGCCGUGGCGGGCAUGCAGCCGGCCCACGCCAUGGCGGGACACAACGCGGCGGCGGCGGCGGCGGCGGCGGCUGCGGCGGCGGCGGCGGCCGCUACCUACCACAUGCCGCCCGGCGUCUCGCAGUUCCCGCACAGCGCCAUGGGCAGCUACUGCAACGGCGGCCUGGGCAACAUGGGUGAGCUGCCCGCCUACACGGACGGCAUGCGGGGCGGCGCGGCCGCCGCGGCCACCGGCUGGUACGGCGCCAACACGGACCCGCGCUACUCGUCAAUCUCCAGGUUCAUGGGGCCGUCGGCGGGCGUGAACGUGGCCGGCAUGGGUUCGCUGAGCGGCAUCGCGGACGCCGCCAAGUCGCUGGCGCCGCUGCACGCGGCCGCGCCGCGAAGGAAGCGCCGGGUGCUCUUCUCGCAAGCGCAGGUCUACGAGCUGGAGCGGCGCUUCAAGCAGCAGAAGUACCUGUCGGCGCCCGAGCGCGAGCACCUGGCCAGCAUGAUCCACCUGACGCCCACGCAGGUCAAGAUCUGGUUCCAGAACCAUCGCUACAAGAUGAAGCGACAGGCCAAGGACAAGGCGGCGCAGCAGCUGCAACAGGAGGGUGGCCUCGGCCCCCCGCCGCCGCCGCCGCCGCCGCCGUCGCCUCGCCGCGUGGCAGUACCCGUGCUAGUGAAGGACGGCAAGCCCUGCCAGAACGGCGCGGGCACCCCGACGCCUGGCCAGGGAGGCCAGCAGCCGCAGGCCCCGACUCCCGCGCCGGAGCUGGAGGAGCUGUCGCCCAGCCCGCCCGCGCUGCACGGUCCCGGGGGCGGCUUAGCGGCCCUGGACGCUGCCACCGGGGACUACGGCGGAGGCGUGCUCGGCGCCAACCUGCUCUAUGGCAGGACGUGGUGAUGAGCCCCGGGGGGUCAGCCUGCGACCCGCAGGAUCUGCCAAGAAACUGCAAGAACGAAUGGGGGAACUGUACAGAAGCUGAGCCUUUAGUGCAUGGAGAUAAGAA